AUGACCCUUCCCACACCUCAAGGCAUGAUAGAGCAGCAUAUAGGUCUGAAAGUAUUUCUUCCUGGAGCGCCCGGACAAGGUAUUCUCCGAUUCGUUGGGGAGAUCGAAGGUAAAAGUGGAAUCUUCGGAGGACUAGAAUUAGUAGGAGCUAUGGCUUCGUUAAAGGGUAAAAAUUCAGGAGCUGUUGACGGCGUUCAAUAUUUCGAAGUUAAAAUUCCCAUGACGGGGCUAUUUAUACCGAUUGAGCGGUUGAAGACUGCCAACCCACAACUCUCCAGACCGCUGAGUAGGAAAAGUGGUAACCAUUUUUUUGAUGUCGCUGCAAAUUUAAACCAUGUAGGAGCUCCGAACAUCAGUAACAACAACACCGUCAGUAGAAGAACAAGUAGUCUGAGCUUGACUUCCCCAAAUGGCAAUAGUAAAAUCAGUAGACCAGGCAGUAGAUUGUCUUCUACAUCUUCAAGAAACACAACUAAUGAAACCGGUGGACUUGAAAACCAACUCAAGACCCUUACGAUAUCCAAGGAUUCGCUCGAGAAGGAACUUGAACAGUUGAAAACGGAACACAGACGUAAUUUAGAAGAGAUGAAGGAGAAAAUGUUGAUUUUAAAUGAACUACAGGGCACAGUAGAAUCCUUGCAUCCCUUGCUCGAGAAUUAUGAGAAGGAACUUUCAGAGAGAGAUUCCAAACUAUUAAAGCAAAGAAAGGAAUUCGAGAGGGCUAGGGAAGAAUGGAGAGAGAGUUUGGAUUUACUAGCUAACACACAACAGGAAGCUGAACAAUACUAUGAAAGUGAGAUUUCUAAAUUGAACGAGAAGAUGGAGCAUUUAAAGAACGACAACAAUUCUAGCAAAACUGUAGAUAACAAAGACGAAAAUAUACUUCUCCAAACUUCAAUUGACGACCUUACCAUGGAGAAGUUAUUGCUAGAAAAGAAAUUAAAUGCAAAGAUUUCUUCCCAGGAAAUUGAAAUAAGAGAAUUAAAGUCCAAAAAUUCCGGAAAGGAUGAGGAAACAGAAGUAGUUGAUAAUUUGAGGAAAGAAAUAAGCUCAUUAGAGACUGAAAUACGACAAGUGAAGGCUUUACUAGAAGAAUCAAAGAGUAGUAAUUUAGAUUUACACAAUGAGCAUGCGACAUUGAAAGAAGUCCACUUAGCUAAUGCAAACAGAACAACAGAAAUGGAAGAUAAAAAUUCGUCAUUGAAGGAAGAAAACAGGGCUUUACAAUCCAAAUUGGACGAAAGCAGUUCACAAUUUGAAGUCAUGAUUCAAUCUUUAAAGAAAGAACUCGAAGGAAUUAAAUCUGAAUCGACUGAUAAAAUAGACAAAAUAGUUGCAGAUACAUUACAACAAUCACUUGAUGAAUUGAAAUUGGAAAACCAGGAUUUACAUCAAAGAUUGAAAAUUGGAAACGAUAAAUCGGAGGCGCAAAUUUUGUCACUAAAGGCGGAAAUCGAGUCCAAUAAUGUUACUAUAUCUGAGUUGAAUGAGAAAAUUUCUAAAAGUGAAUCUACGUUCCAAUCAUUAACGAAGGAAACUGAGAAUAAUGUUAACAGUUCGAAUGAGCUAUUGAAUGAGAGAGACAAUUUACAAAGGGAGAAGCUAGAGCUAUCACGUAAACUACAGGAUAUUGAGGACAACCAUAAAAAUUUAUUGGAAAAAUUGACGAAAAGCGAGGAAAAGAACAAGCUUUUAAUUGUGUCUUUAUCAAAAAGUCAAGAAGAUCAUAGGAGUACCUCCAAGGUGCUAGCAGAUCAUGAAUUAUCGCUCUCGCAAUUACAGGAUCAAAUAAAGCAGAAGUCAGCUGAUGAUGUUGACUUGAAUUCAUUGAAGGAAGAACUUGCAGUUUUAAAAAAUGAAAACGAACUACUUCAUAAGUUACUAUUGGAAAAAGAUGAAUUCAUCCAAAAACUUGAACUGGAUUCUCUAUCGUUAAAGGAAGAAUUGUCCAAUUUACAUAUACAUAACAAGACUUUAACAGAAAAGCUUGAAACCGGUAUUCCACUUGAAUUACAAGAAGCGAAAGAUUCACUUCAAAAAGAGCAUGAACAAAUCCAAAAUAAAUUAAUAACGAAACAUGAAUCUUACAAAGAAGAGCUGGAGAAGUCUAAAUAUAAAUUACAGCAAGACCAAGAGAAGUUAGUUGAAGUUCACACGAAGGAGUUAGACUUAUUGAAGGCAAAUCAUGAAGCUGAUUUAAGUUCUAAAAGUUCUGAGCAUAGCACAUUCAUCAAGGCACUUGAAGACAGCCAUCUUUCGAACGUUCAGGCACUUUCAGUUGAUCAUGAAAAGUUUUUGAAGGACUUAGAACUAAAGCAUCAAAGCGAAAUGCAGUCUAUCAAAUCUAGUAACGGUAAUAUCGAAGCUAUUAUAGCUAAGCAUGAGAAAGAGGUGGAGAGUCUUACUUCAGAUCACAAAUUGGAAUUAGACGUUUAUUCCAACGGUCACAAAUCUGAAUUAGAAUCACUUAAUAACAAACACGAAGCUGAAUUACGUGCCUUAGCAUCUACACAUGAAGAAUUCGUUUCAGACUUGAGGAAUGCGCAUACAACUGAAAUAGAAAAUCUCAAAGAACAGCAAGUUAGUAAACUCGAAAAUUUAGAAAGAGAACUCAAGUCAAGUCAUCUAUCAACAACCGAAUCUCUCGAAAAGGAGCAUUCAUCAUCUAUUGAAAAUCUUAAAAGUAAGCAUUCUAAACAACUUGAUUUAAUCAGCAAUGAUCACUCUAACGCAACUAUCCAACUAGAAGACUCAUUGCAUACCUUGAGAAUCGAAAAUACUUCUUUGAGCGAGAAGUUGAAGAAGUCAGAAGCGUCUAUUAAACAAUUGGAUGCAUUCAAAUUUACUUCAGAAUCGCAAUUCAAAGAAUACGAGAACACUAUCAAGGCGAAGGAUACAUUCAUUUCUGAUUGUCAACGGCAAAUUGAUGAGCAUAAGAAAAAUGCUGUUCCUAAACAAGAGGUAGAAACUCUUCAAGAAGAAAUAUUAUUACUCAAGAAGAAACUCAAUGAGAACACUGAGCUUGAAAACAUGAUUGAACUGUUGAAACAUGACCUUGAAAUGAGACCAACAUUUGAAGAAUUAGCUGAACUCCAAAAGUCAAUCGAAGAAAUUGAAGUUUUACAUAAAUCAGAAACUGAAAAGCAAGAGAAAGAGUUAAAAGAGGUGAUUAAAUUAAAAAGCGAAAUCGAGAAGGAGCUAGCAAUUACCAAGAAGGAAUUAAAAGAUCUAAAAGAUGACUUGGCCUCAUCGAAGUUAAAUGGGCACCAAAAUUUUAAUAUUAGUAGCAAUACCACAACAAAGGAUUAUACUUUGAGUUCUACGGAAAGUUCAAUUAGUAUUGGCUUACCCAUCUAUUCUCCAAAAGUCCCCAUUGAUCCAAGUAGUGGUAAAGAAAAGUGGUGUGGAUUAUGCGAAAGAGAUGGACACGAUAGUAUCCACUGCCCUUACGAAAAUGAUAUGUUUUAA